AUGCCUUCCCUACAAGGCAAAGUGAUCACUGUUACCGGAGCCGCCUCUGGCAUGGGGUUGGCUAUAGCACAACUGCUCUCGAGCCGGGGCGCGAUACUUUCACUUGCAGACCUUAACGAAUCUGGCCUGGAAAAAGCAAUGAAAACACUUUCUGGGAAUGGGCAUAUUUACGCUGUUGUCGACGUACGCAAGAGUGAUAUAGUUGAUAGUUGGAUCGAAAGAACAGUUCAGGAAUUGGGCCGGCUUGACGGGGCGGUGAAUUUCGCCGGCGUUGCUACCGGUGCCAAACUCCUCGAUACGACAGAAAGUGAGUGGGAUUUGAACAUGAAUGUGAACGCAAAGGGAAUUUUCAACUGCCUUAAGGCUCAAAUCAAGCGAAUUCAAUCUGCAGGAAGUAUUGUAACUGCUGCAAGUAUCGAUGGGCAGAUAGGGUGGCCAAUGCUUUCUGCCUAUUGUGCUAGUAAACACGCUGUUAUCGGCUUGAUGAGGGCUGCAGCAAAGGAGCACCCACACCUUCGGUUGAAUUGCGUCGCGCCAGGUUGCGUUGACACUCCAAUGGCUGGCGACGACGAAAUUUGCGCGUCCGAGAUAGCUUGCCAGACUAUCAAGCGUAAAGCAAAACCCAUCGAAAUUGCGAACAUGGUUGCUUUUCUCUUGAGUGAUGAAGCAACGUUCAUCACUGGAGCAGUCUACAACGUGGACGGAGGUUGGCUAUGUUGA